GGGCAAUUGCCAACAGUUGGACAAAAGGGUCACUCUUUGGAAAAAUACAAAGGACCUGCUUUUCAGAAUGAUAAACAUACCAAGGGCCGCAGGUAUAAUCUUCUCUCCCGUGAUAGACUUAACGUACCUACAAAAGGUAAAGAAGGUCGAUAUUUGCACGAUUUAUCUCAAGAGCAGUCUCAACGAUUAAUUUCAAUUAGUUCCGACGAGGAUUCUUUCUGUGAUAUCUACAAUACCAGUUUCGUUUCGAGUUUGGCUGAUGACGAAAUGCAUGAAUUUCUACGUAGAGAUGGCUUCGAUUUAGAUAGACAGCUUUCGACGGCAGAAUCAGAGUUCCCCGAUCUGGAUUUAAUUCCGCCUCACUUUGUCACCAAAAGUCGGUCUCCUUGUUCUCGUUUUAUCUGCUGUAACAGAUGCAAAACUCUCUGUACUAUCAUGUAA